CUUGCUACUUGCUACAUGACUGCGAUAUUCUCUCAACCUCCACGGACCUUUCCAAAACACCCACGAAUGUUCGCGUUGCACGCAACGCCUGCUCCCAUUUCUUCUGGCCAACCCUCCCGAUCCUCCCAUGCAGCGGAUGCGGCGACCAUGUCAAGAGUGCCGAUUGCAGCUCUGUUAAGACAAGAAACUGCUUCCAGCGCUUCAACUGCCGUCGAACAUUUCUCCGAUCAGGGAAGGACGUAUUAUCGCAUCCAAAAUGACAUGUACAUUUUUCCCUCGGACGAUAUCGAGUUUGAGCGAUUGGAUGUCAUUCAUUCUCUGAUAUACCAGGUUGCACUAAACAAUCAGCUUCACGUUGCCGUCCUCCGAACAAAUCCUCGGCGAAUUCUCGACAUCGGCUAUGGAACUGGAUUCUGGAUGCUCGACAUGGAAACGAAAUAUCCCGGAGCUGAGAUCACUGGGAUUGACAUGGAGGAGCCUCCCGCUGGAGUCAAGUCCAACGGUCGCCUGAACUUCCGAUCAUCGGUCGACUUCACUGCCCCAAGAUGGCCGGUAGAAGAUUCCUCUGUCGAUCUCGUACACAUGGCUCAGCUGCUCGGUUGCGUGCCGAAUUGGUCGGAUCACUACACCAAGGCUUACAGAUCAUUACGACCCGGCACGGGUCAAAUCGAGCACGUCGAAAUCGACUGGACGCCUCGGUCUUACGCCUCGGGUUUCCCGCACAACGCAACGGAUCUCUGGAACUGGUGGGGUUGGAUGCUGCAAGCCUCCGAGCGCGCUGGAAAACCUCUAGCCUACCGCGACGACACCGAGUCCCUUCUCGAGGGCGCGGGCUUUGUCGACGUCAGUCACAAACGAGUCCGCGUGCCUCUCUGCGGCAGCGACCGUCGUGACCGGCAGGAAAAACAGCUCGCGCACGGCUAUCAAAUGACGAUGGGCUACACGGGAUCGCAGUCUUUCACGGGCAUGAGCAUGGCGCUGUUCACGCGCUAUCUCAACAUGUCGCCGCGAGAUGUUGAGCAGAUCUGUGCUAGGGCGCUGCAGGUGGUGCAGCAGGGUGAGCUGCCGCUGUAUAUCAAUCUGUAA